UUGACGAAGGGUGGUUACUGGUUUAUGGUUAGUAGAAAUGAGGAAUGAGGAAUCGGGAAUCUUUUAUGAAAUGCCCAGAUUCGGAUCAGGAUGCGACGCCCCGACCCCGAAUAUGCAAACCCAAUACAAAUAAUAUCAAAUUUUACCUCCCUCAAAUUUACUCUCGCCAUUUGCACAGGAUGCCCACUUAAUUAUUUUGUCUGACCACCUUCAAAUUUUAAUGUCCGGUCGCAUCUCUAUGAAUGGCUGUGAUUCUUUGCUUCAGAGCAGAUUAAAGCUGGUUCCCAACUGUUCUUCUUCCUCUUCAUCUUGUUUUACUUUGGGUCGUCUUAUCAUUUUUUUUUCCUACUUUGAAAAGUUUAUUCCUCCAGUUAGAUCCUAUAUUCCAAAGGGCAAUAUUUGGAUUGUGUCCGAAGGCGGACGGAUCAACGGGAGAGGUAGAGGGAAUAUGUGGGGGAAGAACAGAAUCCUCAUGGAGAACGACCACUUUUCUUGUGCAUUCUCAUAAAUCAGGGCUCUGCACAGUCCAAAGGCUCUAGUUUGAAGUCUGAAUGCAGGAAUUAGAAGGAUAUUGCAGUGGAUGCCGUUUACAAGCAGGUGCUGUUUUGUUUUGGCAUUCAUCUGAAAUGCUGGGAUGAGUUUAGAAUGUUGGGCUGCAACAGAUAGAUCUGUGUAGUUGAAAUGGGGAUGCCUGGAGAAUUGACCUUGAAUUAUGGACCUUCCACAGCCUCAGCUUCCAGCGCUUUGAAGGCAAUCUCCCUUAUGGGUGAUGACAAGGAGAGAGUGAGAAAGCAUGAAGAAUAUAUCAAGAGGCUAGAGGAGGAGAGAUCAAAGAUUGAAGCAUUUAAACGAGAACUUCCUUUUUGUAUGCAGCUUGUCAAUGAUGCCAUUGAAGCCUCCAAAAGGCAGUUGGCUGACUGUCAACACUCCUCUCACGACGAGGGCCAACAAGAGUCUCCUGAUACAAAUGGAAGACCUGUGCUUGAGGAAUUCAUUCCUAUCAGAAAAAAAAUUGGCACGACUGAUGAGAAAUCUAACGAAACUCAUGCCAAGAAACCAAGGCUCAUGAAUGGUGAUAAGCCUCACUGGAUGAUUUCGGCUCAGUUGUGGAACCCGGAUCCUCAUUCUGUCGACAGUACAAACGUGAAGCCAGUAUAUGUGGAAGAAUCUUUGAAAGAGCAGAAUUCUCGGCGGAUACAGUCUGUUACUUCAAACACCAAGCUGUUUUCGGAUUCAAAACAGAGAGUGGGUGGGGCAUUUCAGCCAUUUUCAAAAGAAAGAAAAGUGAUCAGCCCUGUGCCCAUAAGAUCUACUUUGCAAAGGACGUUACCAGAUCUUGGUUUAUCACCUGCUGAGCAUAAGCAUGAUGUUGGUUCAUCAUUGACGGACAAUGAAAAUAAAUGCUUGAAUGCUACUGCUAAAACAAGAAGUAGAUCCAGAGAAAGCACAGAAUUACCAAGACAGGUACAAGGAAAGGAAGCUACUGCAGUCUCCAAUGCGGUAAAUACACCUCCAACUACAUCUGCAGGCAACCCUCCUCAAUCUCAAGCACAAAGGAAAAGUAGAAGGUGUUGGUCAGCUGAAUUACAUAAACGGUUUGUGAAUGCACUGCAGCAACUCGGUGGUUCGCAAGUGGCCACACCAAAGCAAAUCAGAGAGUUGAUGAAGGUUGACGGACUUACAAAUGAUGAGGUUAAAAGCCAUUUGCAGAAAUAUCGGCUGCAUACUAGAAGGCCUAGUCCACCACAAAGUACCAAUGCCCAAGCACCUCAGCUAGUGGUUCUUGGGGGUAUUUGGGUUCCUCCGGAAUAUGCAGCACAUGCAUCUGCAGCAACCCAGCAAGGGCAGAGUCAUUACAGUCCGCUAUCCACAACAGCUGCCUCCCCAUCUCAGCCACACUACUGUCAGGCUUCCAUUCCUUAUUCCCAAAUCAAUUCAUCAGCUUCCCAAUUCCACCUUCAACAAUCACUUUACUGUAACUUGCAACAUCAACAGACUUCUUCACAUUCUCAUAGCUCCCCACAAGGAUCCUUACAAUGUAAUGGCCAAUUGUCAGAAGCCAGGGGAACAUCUGUAGAGGGUGGUGGGAGAGAGGAAAGUGUGGGAGAAGAUGGGAAAUCAAAUAGUUCUAGUUGGAGAGAAGAAGAGUAUGCUGAAACCACAGGAAGGAGUUAGUGACAGAGAAAACAAAUUUUGGAUGAAAAUGAUGAGGCUGCAGAAGACAGCGGAGUCAAUGUUGAAAAGGGAAUGUUGGAAACUAAGAGAUUCGGACUAGUAUCUAUCUGUAUUAGGAGAUUGUAACCUCAGCCUUCUAUAGAUGGAUGGUAAUGUGGAUUGGUUUAACCAUCCGCAGAGUGUAGAUUUUUUAUGACAGCUGAAUAAAUUUUGUGGGUGAAUGACUUAUCCAUUCAUCAACCAUGAUCAUUUUGUAAGCUAAAUGCCAAGUUGAAUUAUCUUGCUAGGGUUUGUCUCUUCUGCUACAGGUAAUAAUAUUUGAAACAUGUGUUACUUUCUUGA